GAUGGCACCAGACAACGAAAGGAGAGAAAGAAAACAGUCUCCUUCAGCAGCAUGCCAACCGAAAAGAAGAUCAGCAGUGCCAGUGAUUGUAUCAAUUCAAUGAUUGAAGGCUCUGAACUUAAAAAAAUUCGCUCCAAUUCCAGAGUCUAUCACCGCUAUUUUCUUUUGGAUGCAGACAUGCAAUCCCUUCGAUGGGAUCCUUCGAAGAAAGAAUCAGAUAAAGCAAAAAUCGACAUAACUUCAAUCAAAGAAGUUCGAACGGGAAAAAAUACAGAAAUGUUUCGCACCAAUGCUAUUUAUGAUCAUAUUUCAGAAGACUGUGCAUUUUCAAUAAUUUAUGGAGAAAACUAUGAGUCAUUAGACCUUGUAGCUAAUUCUGCAGAUGUAGCAAAUAUUUGGGUUACAGGCCUACGGUAUCUGAUCUCCUAUGGGAAACACACAUUAGACAUGAUAGAAAGCAGUCACAAUAACAUGCGGACAUCAUGGCUUUCAAGUGUUUUUGCUGCAGCUGAUACAAAAGGUGUAGGACAUAUACCAUUUAACAAAGCUGUACAGCUUGUUAAGAAUCUGAACUCGGGAUUGAAAAAUGCCAAAAUCGAACUGAAGUUCAAAGAAUUGCACAAAGCAAAAGAAAAAGUAGGAACUGAUGUUAUCAAAGAGGAACUGAUUGAAGUUUAUCAUGAGCUUUGCACGAGACCAGAAAUAUAUUUUUUGUUAGUCCAGUUUUCAAGCAAUAAAGAAUUUUUAGAUUCCAAGGACCUGAUGAUGUUUUUGGAAGCUGAGCAGGGAAUGCCACAUGUUACGGAACAAGUGAGCAUGGACAUUAUUCAGAAAUAUGAGCCAUCAAGAGAAGGACAGGAAAGAGGUUGGCUUUCCUUGGAUGGUUUUACCAAGUACCUCAUCUCACCUGAAUGCCAUAUAUUUGAUCCAGAGCACAAGAAGGUUUGUCAGGACAUGACACAACCCGUGUCUCAUUAUUACAUAAAUGCAUCACACAACACCUACUUGAUUGAGGAUCAGUUCCAAGGUCCCUCAGAUAUCACAGGAUAUAUUCGUGCUCUGAAAAUGGGGUGUCGAAGUAUUGAGGUGGAUGCGUGGGAUGGUCCUGACAAUGAACCAGUCAUCUAUACAGGUCAUACUAGGACAUCACAGAUAGUCUUCCGCCAGGUUAUUGACAUAAUUAACAAAUAUGCUUUUGUUGCAUCGGAAUAUCCUUUGAUUUUGUGUUUAGAAAAUCACUGUUCAUUAAAACAGCAGAAGGUGAUGAUCCAACAUAUGAAACAAACAUUUGGAGACAAACUGUACACAAAACCCCCUUCUGUUGAUGACAGUUACCUACCCUCCCCUGAAGUCCUUAAGAAGAAAAUUCUGCUAAAGGCAAAAAAGCUGCCAGCAAAUUUCACAGGCUCUGCAGGUGAUAUUACAGAUGAAGAUGAAGGCGCAGCAAUGGCAAAAAGGGUGUCGAAUGAGAAUACAGACCAACAGAAUGUAGUCUCAAACAGAAAGUUUAAGCUCUGCAAAGAACUCUCAGACAUGGUGAGUCUUUGUAAAUCUGUAAUGUUUAAAGACUUUACAGACUCACUUCAAAAUCAGAAAUUUUGGGAAUUCUGCUCAUUCAAUGAAGUAACUGCCACGAAACUUGCGAACGAAUACCCAAAGGACUUUGUAAAUUAUAAUAAGCGUUUCCUGGCCAGAAUAUUUCCAAAUCCAAUGAGAAUAGAUUCAAGCAACAUGAAUCCUCAGGACUUUUGGAAAUGUGGCUGCCAAGUAGUAGCAAUGAAUUACCAGACGCCUGGUCUAAUGAUGGACCUUAACAUUGGUUGGUUCCGUCAGAAUGGGAAUUGUGGAUACGUGCUUCGUCCUGCCAUCAUGAGAGAAGAAGUUUCUUAUUUCAGUGCUAAUACUAAAGAUUCAGUGCCAGGUGUUUCUCCUCAACUCCUCCACAUCAAAAUCAUUAGUGGCCAAAAUUUUCCAAAGCCAAAAGGCUCGGGUUCUAAAGGUGAUGUCGUAGAUCCUUAUGUGUAUGUUGAGAUCCAUGGAAUCCCUGCAGACUGUGCUGAACAAAGAACUAAAACGGUUAACCAAAAUGGAGAGAAUCCCAUUUUUGAUGAGAGUUUUGAAUUCCAGAUUAACCUCCCUGAGUUGGCAAUGGUGCGAUUUGUGGUUCUAGAUGAUGACUACAUUGGAGAUGAAUUUAUUGCUCAGUAUACGAUUCCUUUUGAAUGCUUACAACCAGGAUACAGACAUGUGACGCUUCAGUCACUGACAGGUGAAACUUUACCAUAUGCCUCAUUAUUCGUACAUGUGGCAAUCACUAACAGGAGAGGUGGAGGGAAACCUCACAAACGUGGCCUUUCUGUGAGAAAAGCUAAAAGGUCAAGAGAGUAUGCUAGCAUGAGAACAAUCUUGAUAAAAUCUAUAGAUGAAAUAUUCAAGACUGUUGUUCAACAAUUAAAAGAAGCAACUGAUCUUCGAGAAAAUGUGCAGAAUGCAAUAGUUUCUUUCAAAGAAAUAUGUGGCCUGUCCCCAGUUUCUAAUCUAAUACAGUGCUUUAUGGCAUUGUCGACAUUUCUGAACAAUGAUAAUAUACCUAUUGUCAUAUUGAACCUAAAAGAUGAUUACCCUUCAAUGGAGCCACAAGGAGUAAUCCCAGAAGUCCUGAAGAAAGUCGUUACUGCAUAUGAUGUUAUGAUCCAAACAACAAAAACUCUGUUAGAAAAUGGUGAUGGAGUGUGGGAAAAAAUAAUGCAGUGUCAAAGAGCAGCAAUGGAAUUCCAUGAAAAUCUGAACAAUAUUGGAGUUAAAGAAGGCCUUAAAGGAAGAAAACUGCAUAAAGCUGUUGAGAAUUUUACUUGGAACAUCACUAUUCUUAAGGGCCAAGCUGAUCUAUUGAAACAUGCUAAAAUUGAAGCAUUGGACAACCUGAAGCAAAUUCAUUAUGCUGCAGUAUCUUGUGGUCUGAACAAACCAGGCACUGGGAAUGCAGAACCGUCCAAGACAAGACGAAGCCUCGAGGCAAUACCUGAAAAAGAAAGUGUCGAUAUUGGAGCUGGAGACCAAGUCGCUCAACCUCACCAGGAUACAACCACUCAAAAAUCUCUCAAAGCUGCCAAAUGAGUACAUCCAGUAUAGAACAUUUGGAUUGCAUUUCAAAGCCUUCUCGGUUGGUUGGUUGGUUUUAGUAUUUUGUAAAUCCUAAGGCACAAUUCUGAAGGCACAGAAUAAUGUGACAAAUAGAGCAAUGAAUGUAACACUUCUCCAAGUGAAAGUAUACUACUAGUGGUGGAAGUAUGCUGCUUCAAAGAAGUAGUGGACUUGCCAUUAAAUGUUCGUCUGCCAAAUUAAUAUGUAUAUAUGAUGUCACAAAGAAUUAGUUGAAAUGUAACUUUUUUUCUAGUAAUUUAUGCUGCCAUUUUACAUUCUUUUUGUAAAUGUUAUAUUUCUCUAGAUACUUAAAAUUCAUGUCUUCAUUUGAUUGAAAAUCGUUAUACAGAAGAAUAUGUAAAGUAUAUAUAAAUACAAUGAGGUGUGUGUCGUUAUGCUACCCAAACAUUGUAAAGCUUGUUGAGCCAUAAAUGGAAACAUGUAUUAUUGAUUGUGGUCACUGAAGCUUCAGUGCACUUUAUGAAGACCAUUAAUCAAGGGAAAGCUGGAAAAGUUUUGCUGUGAAAUCUGUUCCUUCAGCGAUAGUUGUGAAUGUCAAAAAAACAUUUGAAGUCCUUGUACCCACCUUCUGGUGACCAAAUAGGCAGCAGCAGCUUAUAGCAGGUUGUUGUAUAUAGUUUCUAUUUUGUGAAGUGCAACUAGAAAAGUUAGGCGCAUUAAUUUCCACAAGAAAGGAUUUCUAUGCCAGUAAAGUUGGUAAUACACAGGAUUGCCAGCCACCAUGACUUUGUUUAAUGUAAUGAUUCACUGGGAUGGAAGAGGGAAAUUUUUACCUCUGUUUCUCUUCUGGCCCAUAAAUCACCAAAACAGUAGAGAGUCAACAAAUUAUAAACAACAUUGCCACUGUUGAUGACCAAUUAAACUAGUUUGGUUUGUUCAAAGUGAGGUAGAGAUAAAGUUUACAUUUGUUUCUGAAACAAAGACCAUUUGAAGCCCAUAAGAGUGAGUGGUCUAGUUUGCAAAAACGUCAUAUGUUUUGCCACUGACUUUUCUCAGAUUUCUAAUUUAUAUUUUGAUUUAAUUGGAUCAUAAUUUAUGCUUAUUCUGUUGCUGAACUUUAAGAAAAUAACUUUUACAAAAUCCACUGUUGUAAUCCAUCCAGAAAUGAGCUCGAGCAUGCAAGAAAAUGAUAUAGAUACCGAAAUAGAAACAGUACACAGUGAUCCUAAAUGCCUGAAUCAAAUAUUAUUUCAAAUCUUCCUUAGACAUUUGGUUUUACAAAUUCACUGACAUCUGUGUAAGGCAGUUAAGUGUAAAGGGUCGAUGUAACCUUUCCCCAAUACCGCCCCCUGCUCCUCCCAUAAGCUACCAGAUGUUUUCUGUUCUAACCAAUUAUAGGCUCUUAAACCAUUUUUUGCAGUGAAAGGGACCAUUUUCCUGUUCUUGCCCCUGUCUUAAGGAUUUGUCUUCAUCUGAUGUACCACAGAGCAAAGAAUGUGGACUCUAUUAUGUAUAUAGUCAUCUCUGCUCAACCUUUGUUAAGCAUUGGUAGGAAUUUUUUCCUUUAUACUAAAGAGAAUGAAAAGAAAAUCUGUCCUGUGAUGUCAUAUGCUAGGUUUCAAUUUAGUUUCAUUUUCUUGCUUGCCUCUCACAUCUGCAUACUUUCAGUAUAGUAUGGCGAACAGAAUUGUACACAAUUUCCCUGCAUGACAAUACCAGUGCCUUGUACACAUCCAUUGUUUCAUGAGAAUCUCUACUUGAUUCAUCCAUACGUCCUUACCAACCUCCCAUUUUAUUUUACAGCUGCACAGAUUGAAUUGUUUCAGUGAAUUAUUCCCCAAAACCCCAUAUUAUUCUAUCGUGUUGUACUCAAGAUAUUUAGUUUUUGCUUCCACUGUUAAUUUCCCUCGCUAAUUUUAUUAUUUUCUAAUUAUCCACAUUAAAUGUAAUUUGCCAUUUAUCAGCUCAUCUUCUCAAUUUAAGGAGGUAAUUUUAUAGUUACAAUGAAAAUCAGCAGGUCUGAUAGUAUUUGUGUGGAGAGAAUCGGAGUUAACGUUCCAAGUCAAAUAUGAUUCUUUCCCAUUACUUACAAUAUAGGACAUUUUGCCUCUUAGCAACUGAUCCCACUCUGGUAUCCCACUAGUGAUUGCUUUUGGGUUCACACAGCUCCAUUCACAAACUCUAUUUGCUUUUUCCGGUUUAACAAUUUUCAGUCCACCUUAGAAUGUAUGACUUCCUCCCUACAAUGACAGCAUCACCAGCCUUAAUAGGUAUGUUUUAAGCCUAAAAAUUGCCUUGGCAUAACACAGCAGUACAUUUAAAAAAAUAAGAAAAAGGAUCACAUUACAUGAUGAACCCCGGGAAGCACAGAGGAUCAGAGUGACCUUGAUUUGCAUGUCCACAAGUCCUUUAAGGUAGCAGGAUGGGUAAAUCAAGAUUAAGAAGGGAUAUUUGUCUUUAUAGCCAAGGCUUGGAGUUGGAGAGCAGGGAGAUUAUGCUGGAACUGUAUAUAACAUUGAUUAGGUCACAGUGAGGGUUUUGUGUGCAUCUCUGGAAUCCACAUUAAAGGAGGCAUGUGAUUGCACUGGAGGUGAUGCAGAUCUGUAAAAAUGAUCACUGAAUGACCUAUCUCAUUCUGAGUGACCACAUUGAAUCUUCCUCCUGAUUAGAGGGUGCUGAGCUUCCCCACUCCGUUCUCCCCAAGAAGUCAGGCCUUUCUAAAGGAUUGAAGGUUUAAGGUCCUGUAGUCUUAAUAUGAAAAUAUCCUUAAGAAGGGCUAAGUGGGACAAAAUAAAUCAGAAUUAUCAGGAUGUUGCCUGGGCUGGAAAAUUUCAGUUAUGAAGAGAGACUGGACAGACUGAGGUUGUUAGACCAAAGGAGAUUGAGAGGAUUGGAAUGUACAAGAUUAUGAGAGGCAUAACUAGGGUAGACCAGGAGAAACUUUUCCUCUUGGUGAAGGGAUAAUGAUCAGGAAACACAGAUUUAAGAUAUGAGGCAGAGGGUUUAGAGGAUAUGUGAGGAAACUUUUUUUAACCCAAAAGCAAUUCUGGAACUCUCUGUCUGAGUGUGGCAGAGGCAGAAAUCCUCAUAACAUUUAAGAAAUAUUUAGAUGCGCACUUGUGAUGCCAAUGCAUACAAAAGGACCAAGGACUGUAAAAUAGGACUAGAAUAGUUCAAUGUUUUUGACUGGUGAUGACUCAAUGGGCUUUUUUUGUGCUGUACACCUGUAUGAUAAAGAAAAGAACAAACAGUAUAUUGUCAGAUGUAAGGUUUGCAGCUAAAACAAUUUAAGGGUGUCACUUAAAAGGAGUAACUGUGUCAGGUUUACUUCCAGGGUUGUACAUGCAUUUGUGAAAUCUGACCACCCCUGCUGCAAUUUUAGUAAAGGUUCGGCCCACAGGCUCUUGAUCUCGAAUAGUAAUGGAUUUUUCAUGUUGGCGAGUUUCUAUGGUGUAGGGGGUGCCCUGGAAUCAGCAGCCAGUCUUUUAAGUGGAGGCACUGCAUUAGAGGAGUCACUGGAGAACAUGGGCUGUGCCCGGGCCUCAGGAGGGACUAACUAGCAAAGGAGGAUGCCGGAAAAAAAAGGAGAGUGGGUAUCAGCCCAACCUAACCCCAGGGAGGGUCAGUGCUGAGGGAGUGCCGCACUGUCGGAGGGUCAAGGCUGAGGACGUGCUGCACUGUCGGAGGGU